AAAGAAGAUUGAAACCAAAUCAGUUUUGACCACAAAUAGUUCUUAAAAAAAUGAUCAAUAUCUUCUUCGGCCGAACCACGUCUAGAACAAAAAAGAUCCAUCAUCAUACCAGUAUGAAUAAAUUUCUACUAUUUUGGGAAUCUAGCUAUCUUUCAAAAUCCACAAAUUCAAGUGAACAUAUUUUAAAAUAGUAUCAAAAGUUCCAAAGCUUACAGAAAAACACAUAAUUAAAUCAAUCUCACAAAUUUUAUAUGGAUCACAAAUAAAAAUAUAAAACCCAACGGACAAGCCCCAUUUUAAAACUCUCUCUCUAUUCCUCUCUCUCUCUCUCUCUCAAUAAAACAAAAAGCCACGUUAUAAAAGAAACAAGUAGUAUAGUUCAUUGGUGUUGCUUGUUCAUGCCUAGCAAAUUCACUCACCUCACCAGAUGGGGUCCUUAGAGGAGAAUGAUAGUGAUAUUUUCAUGGAGCCUGCAUCUUAUUUGAGUCGUCGAAUAGGUCCUGAAUACCAGGCGGAAAUUUCUUUUGUGAUUAAGAAAUCCGAGCAGCUUCGAAUGUAUCCUGCUGAUUCAGAAUCUGUGCAUGAUAAAUCAUGCUCCUCUGAAAUUAGUUUGCCCUUCUCAAUCACAUGGAGUGAUGCUGAUACAAAGAGUUUUCUACUUGGUUUGUUUAUUUUUGGGAAGAACUUUGUUCAGAUCAAAAGAUUCUUAGACAACAAAGGGAUGGGGGAAAUACUUUCAUUUUACUAUGGAAAGUUUUACAAAAGUGAUGGAUAUCGUAGAUGGUCAGAGUGCAGGAAGAUAAAAGGGACAAACUGCAUCAUAGGACAGAGACUCUUUACUGGACCUAGGCAGCGCAAACUAUUAUCUCGCUUGAUUUGUCAUGUCUGUACAGAAUCACAAGAUGCUUUGUUACAGGUUUCUAAGUCAUAUGUCGAGGGCACAACUUCUCUAGAAGAAUACAUAUCUUCUUUGAAGUCUAUGGUUCGAAUUGGUGUUCUUGUUGAAGCAGUAGGUAUUGGCAAUGAGAAGGGAGACCUUACUAGGCUUGGUGUGGAACAUGGGAAGAACAGUCGGGUGUCUUCAGCUGCAACCAGCAAAGCUUUGUCUUCUCUUGGACCGAGUGAUAUAAUACAGUCUUUAAUAGGAGGAUAUCGGCUUAGCAAAACCAAAAGUACUAAACUCUUCUGGGAAGCUGUUUGGCCCCGCUUACUAGCAAGAGGUUGGCACUCCGAGAAACCAAAGAAUCGAGGCUAUGUUACUUCUGAAGAUUAUCUGGUUUUUCUUAUUCCCGGUAUCAAGAAGUUCUCAAGGAGAAAACUUGUUAAAGGUGAUCAUUACUUUGAUUCUGUUAGUGAUGUCUUGAGCAAAGUAGUAGCUGAACCAAAUAUUCUUGGGCUUGAAGAAGAAGACGAAGCUAAAGUUGGUAGCUUAAAUGAGGAAGAGCCAGGAAAGGGAUCAAAUGAAGUUGAUUUAUCUGAUGAUCAUCGUCAAUGUUACCUCAAGCCCCGAUCUUCUCCUUACAAAAAAGAUUAUACCAAAUUCAUGGUUAUUGAUACCAGUUUGGUGCGUGGCGGUAUGCCAUCUGAUCCAAUGGAAUUGAAAUCUGUGCCUAUUAAUUCAGUGUGUAAACUUGAGGUAUAUGCUGAUGGUAAUAGAUUUAAAGGGAAAAUAUAUACGAGGAAAGUAAGCCAUAGCACGGAUAUGUCUAAAAGCAUUGAACAGAAUUCGACAAAGUUAACGCUUACUGAUACCAAUAGACUUUCUGAAGGAAAACUAUUGAAGGUGAAAGCUAAGAUGCCAGAUGAAUUUGACGACGCUUCUACGAUGGCUACUGGUCUUUUUAGAGAUAGUAAGGGUGGAUCUUCAACUGAUGAUUUACCAAGGAUGGUAGAAGCUAAGAUGCUGAUAUGUGGUGAAAAUAAAAUCAAUGAAACUGAUAGUUGCACAGGUGUAUCUAACAGUAGCGCUACCAGUAAAAAAGAAGCAUAUGAUAAUAAUCCUGAUAAUGAUGCAAACAAGAUGGUUGAAAGCCAGAAAAGUCAACACGCCUACGAGUUCGAUGAUAAUCGGCUGAAGAGGAUCAUAAAGCAUCAAUUCAAUCGGAGAGUAAGAUCAAGUGAUUCUAAUCUUUCAGCUAUUCCUAUUAAAAGAAGGAGAUUGACUGCUUGUGCCAAGGCAGAGAAAAGCCGCAUAAUUGAGAAUUCUUCAGGAGGUUUGGGAUCAGAUAAACUCGGAUUCUCUCGGUCGUCUAGCUUUCCAGAUGCCAACAAAAAUGUUUAUGAUCCAACUAGUCAUCAACAGAAUGGAAGUUCAACUGCUUUUUCAGCAAACAAAAUUGUGGAAGAGAUUGCCGCUGUCUUUAACUCUCCUAUCAUGAGCCACAACUCUGGUAUGGUGAGCAAGGUUUUAAUCUCUCCUACCAUGAACAUGGCUGCUGCUUCUGUUCUUGUUCCACCCUCAAAGCCUAGCUCCUCUACCCUACCCAAUAUUCCAACACAUAUUGGAUCGAUUGACUCCAUCAAUCAACAAGGAGAACCAAAGGAUAAAGCUGCUGCUACUCAAAAGGAUGUGAGUCGGCUGGAAAAGAAUCAAAGGAAGAUGAGAAAGGAUAUCAAAAAGUUGCUUGCAGUACAAGAAAUAAUUCAAAAGCUUCUCCUUCGCGUCCUUGAGAAUCAAGCUAAUGUUUUUUCUGCUGUUCCUCCAGUAGAAGACCAACCUCUGCCUAAGCCGUCCACAUCAUUUUCUUCGCCGUCUAAGUAGUUUUACUACUUAUGUUCCUUAUUUUGCUAAUGACAAAAGGAUGCUUAGUGAUCAAUUCUGAUCUUUUAGGAUCUUUUUGGUGAAGUCUUUUUGGCAUACAAUCAACAAAUGAAGGUGUUUCACAUUGUUAUGAUUGUUGGUUUGUAGGAUUAAGAAUGUUCUUUUUUUCUUUUUGAACUAUUGUACUUUCAUGAUCAUGUUGUAGCCAUAAUAUUUUGAAUUAGUGAAAAUUACAGUUUUUGGUUUGA